AUUUUUUUUAAAAAAAAAAAGGAAAAAAAAAGAAGAUUAAGAUAUUUUAAUCUUGCUUUUUUCUGGGUUGGUUGGUUGGAACUAUAAAUAAGCAAGUAAGAAACAGAGGGGCCAAUGGAAGUGAUUGAGAGAAAGAGAAAAGGGGUUGCAGAAGAAGGAAAGCAAAGUAUUUAGGGGGAAAAACUGGGACGCCAUUCCCAUCCCAGCAGGGAAGCUUUUCUUUCCUCUUCCCUUCCCUUCCCUUUAACCCUUCUUCUUGGUCUUCCCCUUUUCUAAAGUUUUAAUCUUUUGUUCGAUCUCUCUGUUCUUUAUCAUCUUUCGACUUCCCAUUCAGUUUCGGUAUAUGGUGGUGUUGUUCUUGCUGUAAUGGCAAUCCGUAAAGAUAUGGGUAACUAUGAACCUAUUAAAGGAACCGAUGACUGUGAUCUCGCCAAUGAGACUGCUAUUCUCAUAAAUCCAGAUUCCCUUACUCUUGUCUCUGUUUCUAAGCACUGUAAUCAGACUGAUGAAGAUGUUGAGAUGGCUCUUCGUGAUUCACAUUCCAGAUCUCCUCUCCCUCUUCACAAUGCCAAUCCUUUAACCACUCCUGUUUCUUCUAAAAUCGAUGAUCCCCAAUUUUCUUCUUCGGCUAGACCCAUUCUCCGAUCUUCUGAACAACGCCAACGCCUUGUUUCGCUUGAUGUAUUUCGUGGUAUCACUGUUGCGCUAAUGAUAGUGGUGGACUAUGCUGGUGGGGUUAUGCCUGCAAUAAAUCAUUCACCAUGGAAUGGUUUAACCCUGGCUGAUCUUGUAAUGCCAUUUUUUCUAUUCAUUGUUGGAGUUUCACUUGCCCUUGCUUACAAGAAAAUUCCAAGCAGAGGCAUUGCAACUCAGAAGGCUGUGUUACGGACGUUGAAGCUUUUGUUCUUAGGCCUCUUUCUUCAAGGUGGUUUUCUUCAUGGCGUAAACAAUCUAACUUACGGAGUGGAUAUCCAGGAAAUUAGAUGGAUGGGAAUCUUACAGAGAAUAGCAAUUGCAUAUUUUCUGGCAGCUCUAUGUGAGAUAUGGCUAAAGGGCAGUGAUUAUGUGAAUUCAGAAACUGCACUGCGGAGAAAGUAUCAAUUACAGCUGGUUGUCGCUGCUGUCCUGACAACGUUAUAUCUUGUGCUGUCAUAUGGAUUGUAUGUUUCUGAUUGGGAGUACCAAGUUCCAAGUCUAACUACUUCCAAUGUGGCUUCUCCAAAGAUAUUUUCUGUGAAAUGUGGCACACGUGGUGACACUGGACCUGCCUGCAAUGCUGUGGGAAUGAUAGAUCGUAAGAUAUUUGGUAUUCAACAUCUAUAUAAAAGACCUAUUUAUGCACGGUCUGAGCAAUGCAGCAUUAAUGCACCAGACUAUGGUCCAUUGCCUCCUGAUGCUCCUUCUUGGUGUCAAGCUCCUUUCGAUCCCGAAGGACUUUUAAGCACAGUGAUGGCUGUUGUGACCUGCUUGGUUGGCUUGCAUUAUGGGCAUAUCAUUGUGCAUUUCAAAGAUCACCGAGACAGAAUGCUUCAUUGGAUUAUACCUUCUUCUUGUCUAAUUGUGCUGGCCAUCGGCUUGGACUUCUUAGGGAUGCAUAUAAAUAAGGUUCUUUAUACAGUUAGUUACAUGAGUGUCACUGCUGGUGCGGCUGGACUUCUCUUUACCGGGAUAUACUUGAUGGUUGAUGUGUACAGAUGGAGACGCAUGAAUGUGGUGAUGGAGUGGAUGGGAAAGCAUGCGUUGGUAAUAUACGUUCUGGCCGCCUGCAAUGUUCUGCCUGUGAUUCUUCAAGGCUUCUAUUCAGGGCAGCCUCAGAACAACAUUCUGAGGCUAAUUGGAGUUCCAGCGUGAAGAUGGUGCUUGCCAAGGUCUGUCCUUUGGAAUAUAUAGAUAGACUAGACCACAUUGCGUCGUGAUGUCGAUUGGUGGUUGAUUGAUAUUUUCUAUUAAAAGAGGAACAAUAAAAUAGAGAGGUGAGGUACAUGCUCGUUUGCACGCUCGAUCAAGCACUCGCUCGGCUCGUGUCUAAUAGAAAAGAUUAGUUUAGUUUAGUUGUGUAAAAUAUUUAGAAGGAAUGAAAUGGAAGUUAUAUAUAUAUUUUGGUGCUCUGCCUCCAUACAUUACUCCACUCCACUCGUUGUAUACCAAGUUCCUACAAAAGCACUGCAAUUUUAGAAGAUAAUGAUGACCUUAAAUCUUUCCUUACUUUAUGAAGGAAAGUUAUAUGAUGAUAUCAUUUGAUUGAUUGAUUGAUUGAAUGAAUGAAUGGAGGAUGAAUGAA